AUGGUGUCUCUGGAAGAGGAAGAGGAGGAAGGUUUUUCUCUGGGGGAGCCUAUGGACUGCAGCAGGUCUCCUGACACACUAGAGGGUGAUGUCCCUACACCAGGGAGUCUUCUCCUACACCCAGCCUCGUCCUGUUCCUCCCUAUUUUUGCAGCCUAACGGCUGGGGUCACCCAGUCUCCAACGCCCCCCCCUCCUUCCCUCCUCUCCCCCGUCUGGACAACAACAACGGCUCGGCGACGGUGGUCGUCGGCCGUCCGACUGGCUGGAGGGCUAGUGGCUACCACGCCGCAAUCCCGGGCCCCCCUGCUGGCCCCGCCCCUGAGCAAGAUGAGGUAAUUUCCUGUCCGGGCUGUUGUCUGAUUGGUCUGAGCUUUCCGUCCGUGUGCAUGAAGGGGGCGCCGACCCCUCGCCGCUUACCGCCCGGGCGACCCUACCGGAACCUCAACGGGGGCGGCAUCGGUGAAGCAUCAGCUGCCACGGCAACCAAGGGACUGCUUUGUUGCGGGUCGAAUGGUCUCGUUCCUCCGACCGCGCCUUGCGUUCCUGGGCUGCCCCUACCGGAGGCACAGACUUAG